UACCAAAUCUACCAAUCUUUAGACACACUCUCAUUCAAAGCUGUCCUUCAACGUCUCUCUUCAACUGUAAGUAACAAAUUUUUAAAAUUUUAAUCAUUUUUAUCCAUUUUGAAUUUACACAUAACCGUUCAUUUUUAGUUAUUCUUCUAUAUAGUUCUUCAGUCUAUUACUCUGUGGUUCAUAUAAUUUUUUAAGGCCAACAGAGAUAGUUGUGUUGUGGGUUUAUAAGAUAUAGCAACUAACGUUUGUAUAUAUAUAGAUUGUUCAAGGUAGCACCUUUGUUCAGAUUCUUUUACAAUUUGCAUAUUAACAAUGACCACUAGCAGCUGUAUUGGAAUCUCAACUAUGAAACCUUGUUGUAGAAUUCUAAUUGGGUCUAAAAGUUCUUCCCUUUUUGGGGUUUCUUCCCCAAAGUUAAAUAAUCGAGUUUUCAAUAACAAUUUGUCGAAAUCACAAUCAAAAUCAACCCAUCUCCGUAGAUUUCAUUGCUACAGCGUCAAUAAUAAGUCCAGGAUCAUAGGUAAUAAGAGUUUGGUCAAUUCAAAUCGCAGAGCUUUUAAUGUCUCUGAUUUGAAUUGGGGUCAAUCCAAGGUUUUUAAUUUUACUUAUAGGUUUCAUGUAGAUAUGGGUAGUAUAAGGGGUGUUUUAGUAAUUCCCAGGGUAGCAUCAGAUUUUAGGAACCAUUCAACAUCAGUAGAGUCUCAUGUUAAUGAGAAGGGAUUUGAAAACAUUUUUAUUCAAGGAGGCUUGAAUUUGAAGAAGCCUUUAGUUAUUGAAAAAAUUGAAACAGGAAAUAAUGCACUCAAAAAAGAUGAAACGUCUAAUAGGGUAGAUAUUAAUGGGACUAGUGUCAACAUAGAUUAUUUGAAGGGUUUGAAUGAGACUUCUCCUAAUGUUGAGAGAGAGGUGUCUGAGAUUGAAAAGGAGGCAUGGAAGUUGCUUCAAGGUGCUAUUGUGAAUUACUGUGGGAAUCCAGUGGGGACUGUUGCUGCAAAUGAUCCUGCUGACAAGCAACCACUGAAUUAUGAUCAAGUGUUUAUCCGUGAUUUUGUUCCGUCUGCGCUUGCUUUUUUGCUUAAUGGAGAGCCAGAGAUUGUGAAGAACUUUCUUCUUUACACAUUACAGUUACAGAGUUGGGAGAAGACAGUGGACUGUUACAGUCCUGGGCAAGGGUUGAUGCCAGCAAGUUUUAAAGUCAGAACCGUACCCCUCGAUGGAAAUGAUGGAGCAUUUGAAGAAGUUUUGGAUCCUGAUUUUGGUGAAUCAGCUAUUGGGCGUGUAGCUCCUGUUGAUUCUGGGUUGUGGUGGAUAAUGCUGUUGCGAGCUUAUGGAAAGAUCACAGGCGACUAUUCAUUGCAAGAGAGAAUUGAUGUUCAGACAGGCAUAAGGCUCAUACUUAAUUUGUGUUUAUCAGAUGGAUUUGACAUGUUUCCUACUCUGUUAGUCACUGAUGGCUCCUGUAUGAUUGAUAGGCGGAUGGGUAUUCAUGGACACCCUCUCGAAAUCCAAGCCUUAUUCUACUCAGCUUUACGUUGUGCACGUGAGAUGCUUAUCAUCAACGAUGGAACUAAGAAAUUGGUAGCUGCUGUGAACAACCGACUCAGUGCACUCUCAUUUCACAUCAGAGAGUAUUAUUGGGUCGAUAUAAAGAAGAUUAAUGAGAUAUAUCGUUACAAGACAGAGGAAUACUCGACAGAUGCAGUCAACAAGUUCAAUAUAUAUCCGGAUCAAAUUCCUUCUUGGCUAGUGGAUUGGAUUCCUGAAGAAGGUGGCUACCUCAUUGGCAAUUUACAACCUGCUCACAUGGAUUUUAGGUUUUUUACUCUUGGAAAUCUUUGGGCCAUUGUUUCCUCUUUGGGAACCUCAAAACAAAAUGAGGGUAUCCUGAAUUUGAUUGAAGCCAAAUGGGAUGAUCUUAUGGCUGACAUGCCUCUUAAGAUUUGUUACCCUGCUUUGGAAAAUGAAGAGUGGCGUAUAAUUACUGGCAGUGACCCAAAGAAUACCCCAUGGUCAUAUCACAAUGGAGGAUCUUGGCCAACACUUCUAUGGCAGUUUACUUUGGCGUGUAUAAAAAUGGGGAGGCCUGAAUUAGCGCAGAAGGCAGUUUCUUUGGCAGAGAAGAGGUUGUCAGUGGAUCAGUGGCCUGAAUACUAUGACAUGCGGCGUGGAAGGUUUAUAGGUAAACAAUCCCGGCUUUAUCAGACAUGGACAAUUGCUGGUUUCCUGGCUUCAAAAAUGCUUUUGAAGAACCCGGAGAAGGCAUCAUUGUUGUACUGGGAAGAGGAUUAUGAUCUCCUCGAGACUUGUGUCUGUGCACUUAGCAAAACUAAUCGGAAGAAAUGCUCGCGAUUUGCUGCAAGAUCACAGGAUCGCGCCUGAUCUUGGUUUUCUCCUUUAAAAACAGCAAUAAGCAUGGGACAACAAGAAAAAGAAAUAAGAGCAUUCUCAGCUCUGGAAACAUUAAUUAUCCAGAGAUGACUUGUGCUGAUAUUAGAACAGCAUCGCACCUUUUUCAGGAUUUUGACAUUUGCUUUGUUAUUUCUGACAGCAAACAUAACUAUGAAGUAUAAAUGUGUUGUAUCAUUCAAUUUCAAUUAGAUGGCUCUGUUUUUAGAGAGCCUCUAACAUAUUGUAUGUAUAUAGAUUAAUUUGGAAGAUAUAUAUAAAUUCAACAUUUAUUUAGUUUCA